AUGCCUAGUAUCCGCCCUACUCACAACAUCUUUCAGCUUGAAUGUCAAUUUGCCGGCUGUACACGCUGGUUUCAAAACCGUUCAGGCCGCACUCAACAUAUGGGUGCAGUCCGCCCAAAUCACAAUGUUGCGCCUGCUUUAGGACCGCCCCAUGAGGAUCUUCCCCUACCGCACCAGUUACCAUCUCCACCUCCUAACGUUUCACCUCCCCCACCAGACUUCUCGCCUCCCCCACCAGACUUCUCACCACCACCUCCAGACUUCUCGCCGCCACCUCCAGACUUCUCGCCGCCACCUCUCUCACCGCCGCCACAGCCUGUUCCAAUGGCUGGUGACGAGGAUCCAAACCCCCCAGAGGCAGAGUUCACAGAUGCAAGUGGGCGAUACUAUCGCACGUACCACUCGCUCCUCAAUGGACGACCAUGCACAGCCGACGGUGUGUUUCUGCCACCCGGCGUGCCACCAACUCUUCCACCACCAAAGUCUCCUCACGAUUGGAGCCCGUAUCGCAACGACAUAGAAUUUGCGACGACGGAAUUCAUGUUCAAGCAGUGUCAUAUGUCUCAUGCGGCUUCGGAUUUCCUGUUCGAUUUAAUGGCCGUGACGCUGGCAAAACACGACGACUCCCCUCCGUUCGCAGAUCACAAGGAUCUGCACAAGGUCAUUGAUGCCACAGAACUUGGCGAUGUCCCCUGGCAAUGUCUCUCAGUUCAAUACGCGGGGGAACGCCCUGAGGACAAUGUCCCACCAUGGAUGGACAGAGAGUACGAAGUUUGGUAUAGGGACCCCCGCUCAAUGGCGCAUAAUAUGCUAGCAAACCCUACCUACAAGGGUGAGAUUGACUAUGCGCCGUUUCGAGAGUACGACACGUCGGAUAACACGCGCCGAUGGAAAGAUUUCAUGUCUGGAGACUGGGCAUGGCAGCAGGCUGACGACAUAUCGAACGAUCACAACACGCAUGGCUCGAUGUUCGUUCCCAUCGUUCUCGGUAGCGACAAGACCACCGUCUCUGUGGGUACAGGCAACAACGCGUACUAUCCAUUGUAUGCAUCAAUCGGUAAUGUACAUAACAAUGUGCGGCGCGCACACCGCGAUGCUCUCGUUAUCAUUGGCUUCCUCUCUAUACCCAAAAGAAAUAUACUCAUGACGACACUUUCUCUCAAGCCUGCGAUGACCGAUUACGAGGUCGUGCGCUGUCCAGACGGUCAUUUUCGACGCGCCAUAUACGGUCUGGGACCCUACAUAGCAGACUACGAGGAGCAACUGGUGCUAUCCUGCACCGUCAAAAAUUGGUGCCCGAAAUGUCUCACGAUUCGAACAAACCUUGAUGGCGGCGGUAUGCAUCGCUGUCGGGAACACACCGACCUCAUGAUACACGAGAACGUCCAUUCAGACACGUUAUGGCACGAGUAUGGUAUCAUUAGCGUUGUCGUCCCAUUCACAAACGACUUCCCCCGGGCCGAUAUUUAUAAAUUGCUGUCCUUUGAUCUCCUCCACCAACUGAUCAAAGGCGCUUUCAAGGACCAUCUCGUGGACUGGGUAGUAAAGUACCUUAGAAUCACACACAGGACCAAACGAGGAGACGAGAUCAUGAGCGACAUAGAUCGCAGAAUUGCUGCUGUAGCAUCGUUUGCUGGCCUCCAGCGAUUCCCUGAAGGCCGCGACUUCAAACAGUGGACGGGUGACGACUCAAAAUCACUCAUGAAGGUAUUCCUUCCGGCUAUCGAAGGCCACGUACCUCGAGAUAUGGUGCGUGCAUUUCGCGCACUAUUAGAAUUUUGCUAUCUCGUUCGGCGCAACGUCGUCACUGAAGGUACCAUGCUUCAAAUUCAAGAUUCGUUGGUUCGGUUUCACCACUACUGCCAGAUAUUCGAAACCACGGGCACAGUCCCUCACUUCUCGCUCCCUCGCCAGCACUCAAUGUGCCAUUAUGCAGACAUGAUCCGACUCUAUGGCGCCCCGAACGGAUUAUGUUCGUCGAUCACGGAAUCCAAGCAUAUCAAAGCUGUGAAAAAUCCCUGGCGGUGGUCCAGCAGGAACAACGCCCUCGGUCAAAUGCUUUUGACCAACCAACGCCUCGACAAGCUCGCAGCGUCUCGUGUAGACUUCGCGACACGAGGGAUGCUCGUUGGCUCAGUGUUAUCACGAGCUGUGGCCGCUCUUGGGCAUGAAGAUCAACCACCGGCGCUGGCAGGUGCUCCUCCUGUUGUACUGCCAACAGAAGACGGCAUUGACGACGGUGAAGCUGUUGAUGGUCCGACUGUACUUGCUGAUGUGCAGCUUGCAAAGACCCCCCAACGUAAACGGGCACGGACGGUAGCAGAAUUAGCAGUGGAGGUUGAUGUACCACACCUCCAAUGCCUCAUCCGAUACUUCUUAUUCUCUCAACUCUUGCCUAAUGAUCCCCAAGACCCCGAAGAUGUACCUGCCGCUAGCUGCCCUCGACAUGAGGGCAAACUCCACGUCUUCAAUUCUGCUGCUGCAACGUUCUAUGCCCCCAGUGAUCCGAGCGGUGUUGGCGGCAUGCGACGUGAACAGAUUCGCGCGUGUCCACUCUGGCGGAAUGUCUACGCCCAUAACGACUGUGUAUUCAUUAACACCGAUCCAGGCGCUGAAGGGAUGCGAGGACUUGAAGUUGCAAGAAUCAAGUCCUUCUUUUCAUUCAAACAUGACUGGGAAUUAUAUCCCUGCGCUCUCGUUCAGUGGUUUGACAAGGUCGGCGACUGCGCUGACGAGGACACUGGCAUGUGGAUAGUGCGUCCCAGUGUUCAUGACGACGACUCCCCAAACCUCGCCGUGAUUUAUAUUGACACAGUCUACCGCGCAGCACAUCUAAUCCCUGUCUAUGGUUCUGAUUUCAUUCCCAAUUCCCUCAAGUAUUAUCACUCCUAUGAUGCUUUCCGCUCGUUCUACGUUAACAAAUACGCCGAUCACCACGCCUUCGAGAUAGCAUCAUGA